AUGAACUCAAGCAUUGAGCCUGGUGAAGUCCUUUCAUUGGAAGAGCUAUCGCCGGUAAAUGAUACUCCAUAUGAGAUCGAGCAGCUCCCACUGCCUCCUGCCGACGGCGGCUUUUCGCUGGUGUUCGGUAUUUUGCAAGAGUAUUACUCGACACAUGAUGUUCUCAAAGGUGAAAAGGGAGGUCUAGCAACCGUAGGAACUACAUCCACUGGCAUUCUAUACCUCAUUUCGCCCAUCACCUUCACUCUGCUGACUCGAUACCCGAACCUGCAAGCCUACUGUGCUCCGGUGGGACUGUUUAUCACAGUUAUCGGCUCAUUACUUUCUUCUUUUGCAGACAAAGUAUGGCAAUUAAUUGCUACGCAGGGUGUAAUCUGUGCAAUCGGAAAUGGUCUUAUCUUCACACCGUCCACUCUUUACAUAGACCAAUGGUUCAUACGAAGAAAGGGUCUUGCUCUAGGACUGAUGUGGGCUGCGAAGAGUGCCACUGGAGUGGCUCUACCUUUCAUCGCCAGUACCUGUUUGGACCGAUUUGGCUCAAGUACAACGUUGAAGGCCUGGACUGUAGUCACUAUUUUGUCGACGCUUGCAUCGCUGCCCUUCAUGAAACCUCGAAUUCCAGUGUCACCAUCUACCUCAAUCCGUCGGAUUGAUCUCAGUUUCCUUCGACUGCCUACCUUCUGGACGUUACAAGCAGGUAACGUAAUCCAAGGUUUUGGAUAUUUCCUGCCGUCGAUGUAUCUCCCUUCCUACUCGACUGCAACGGUGGGUUUAUCUGCGACAAUGGGCACAAUGCUUGUCUCGCUAUUCAACGCAACAUCUGUCUUCGGUGGCAUUGCGCUCGGUACCCUCUGUGACCGCUUUGCCAUAACCGACGUCCUCCUUUUUUCCUCUGUGGGAUCGGCCGUAUCAGUGUUUCUACUUUGGGGCAUGUCAUCAGCAUCUAACUCGGGUCCCGAAGCCCCGAUUGCCUUACUCACUCUCUUCUCCAUUUUCUACGGGUUCUUCGCCGGUGGAUUCAGCUCCACUUGGUCCGGGGCUAUCACCGAGAUCAAGAGAAAUUCCUCUCCGUCUCUGGAUACAGGAUUAGUUUUUGGCCUACUUGCUGGAGGACGAGGCAUUGGAAACGUCAUAAGUGGACCAUUGAGUACGGCAUUGCUCAACCAGGGAUCUGUGGCUGUUCACGGUGGAACUGGAUAUGCCACUCAAUAUGGGAGCCUUAUCAUGUUCACGGGUCUCACUGCGUCCUUUGGUAUGUGGGCUUGGAUAUGGGGGUUAUCUAGUAGGGUACAAUGUCUCCACAGACAAAGUACUCAUUCAAACUAUACUGUGUGA